AUGUCUAUGAGCGUAUCGGCCAACGUCGACGUGUCGGCCGAAGUGCCAGUUAUGACGCAGAUGCAGACGCGGAUGCUCAAGGCGCUGAGGCACCCGUCCUACCACGAGCUGACACUACUAUUCGACGAGCUCGCCGACGAGCUCGACGCCAACAACACGGGCCCUGUCGUUAUUCCGGUAAACGACAUGCAGAACGCCGUGCGGAUCGACCAGCACUGCGAGAUGCUCAAGCUGCUGCACCAGAUCCCGACGGACCUGUGCGAGUCGAUCAUCCGGGGCACCGUCGCGUACGAUGCCAAGAGAGGCACCAACAGACCAGACGCGUACAGCGACGACGGCCCCGGUACCUACGUCGCUGGAAUGUCCAUCGACGGGCGUCACGGCAAAUUCCUCUCCAUUGCCGAGAUCAGCGUCCUGAUCAACGACCUCACCGCCUACCUCGACGCGUACGGGAUAUGGCAGCUCCCCGGCGGCAGAUGGGAUCCGACUAUCCCCGGCGCCGAUCGCGCAGCCGACUUGAUCCGCGCCGUCGACUCGCAGUACGGCAGGCCCCAGGCCGACGGGAGCCCGCGAUUCGUCCGCAACCCAGCCGCGGCCCAGAAGGUGCGGCUGCUCGUGGAGAACUUCCGGCGCCGCAUUGACAUCGGCCGCGACCCGACACACAACGUCUGGCAGACGCAGUCGCCGCUCAUGGUCGGCUGCACAUCCAAGACCAUCGGGCUCCGCGGCAGGGAGCACGACCCCGCUCAGGGCCUGGGCAACACGACGUACACGUGGGCGCUGACGCUGUGCCUGAUCAAACGCAUGGGUCUCGUCCCCUCCGUCACGGUGCGACCGGUGAUCAGAAUCUGGGAGCGAGAGCAGUUGUGGCGGUCUAAGAUGCUCGUCACAAUGCUCGCCCAGUCUCUGGUCACGCAGCAGGGGUUCAACGUCAUCCAGGGCGGCGGGCUCAAAACGUCGCAUCCCACGUACAUGGCUCACGCCAAGCUGGUUGAAGCCAGGGCCUACGUCUGCGUGCGAGAGAACUACCUACGCGACAACCUGGCUCACACGCUGGACUACAUCCGGAACCAGCAGCGCUUUGCCAACUGCGUGCAGCGGCUCCAGGGGAUGCUCCCACCUAGUCUCGAGGCCACGCUGGACAGUGCCGAGAUCACGAUGGUCGGUCUCAAAAUCGCCGUGAACGAGGUGGUCGAUGCCCGCGAGCAGCUCCAUGCUGAGAUCGCCCGGAUGGAGGCAAGGCUCGAGGAGCUCACCGCGCAGCGCGACCAUCGGCGCGAGCUUUAUGAAGUUACACUGAAGGUCGUCAAUGCUCUCACGCUGGAUCGGUUGGCACAUACCCCUCCGCCCCAGUUGCUCUAG